GUAUCGAUCGGUGAGUGUUUACAUAGAGAGCUGAAGAGUGUCGUCUACUUGUUCACAGUCGGGCAUAACACACAACCAUGCUUUCUGCGGUGACACGCUCGAGUGCACGCAGUUUUCAAUGCUGUCUGCUGCACGUUUCUCUGAGCCUGGUGCUGCUAAGUGAUGUCGCCAUCACAGCAGCGAGCAAUGAAGAGCCCGGUGUUCGUGAGGCUCGCUCAGUGGGUGGUCGGGUGGUAGUUCAUCCGGUGGACUGUGUUUUAUCAGACUGGAGCGCAUGGUCACGCUGCGACACCUGUCAGAAAAAAAGAUACCGUUACGCUAAACUGGACCAGCCGUCCCAGUUCGGAGGGCAGCCGUGCAGUUUUCAUGGCAGGCAGGAGGAGGCCUGUGAGGUUUCAGCCCGCUACACCUGUGACAAUGUUCCUCUGUGCGAGGGAUUCCUCUGCACCCAGACAGGUCGCUGUAUCCCCAGAACUCUGCAGUGCAGUGGGGAGGACGACUGUGGGGACAUGUCGGAUGAAGUGGGCUGCAAGAGGGUUUCCAAGCCCUGCAGGCAGGAGGUUGACGAGUAUUGGGGAAUCGAAAACCUCGCCAAAGGAAUCAACAUCUUGGACAGUAACCUGGAGGGAGUGGUGCUUGAUAACAGAUACUACGCUGGAAGCUGCUUACCACACUACAUCCAAAAUGUCCCAUUCAGGAAGCCGUACAACUUGCAGCAGUACACUCUACAGACAAAAGCCUCGUAUGAUUUCAGCCUGCAGUCGUUUGAUUCAUACUCCGACUACAUGGACUACACCAUGAAUGAGCGCACAGAAAAAACAAGUGUCUCCUUUGGGUUUGGCUUUCCGGGCUUAUUUGAAUUCAGCUUCCACAAAGAUGACGCCAAAUACACCAAGUCAGUUCAGAAGCUUCGCCGCUAUUCUGGCAAGUCUUACAGCUUUGUGAGGGCCACGGCGGAACUGGAGUUGGCCCAGUACAUGCUGAAGUCGGACGAUUUGAUGCUCCACCCGGAGUUCCUGCAGCGCCUGCGCUCCUUGCCGCAGUCCUAUGUUUAUGGGGAGUACAGACAGAUCUACAAAGACUAUGGCACCCACUACAUCACAGAGGCAUCCCUGGGAGGAGAGUAUGAGCACACCAUUAUCCUGAACAAGGAGAGGCUGGAGAAAUCAGAUUUUUCCUUGUCAGACUACAAGCACUGCACGCAGGCGGGCAUCAAGGCCGGGGCAAACAUAUAUGGCGUUUAUGUGACGUUGGGGUUCCAUGGUGGAUCCUGCGACGGCCUGCUGAAUGAGAUGGGAGAGGACACAGCCAAUGGCAGCAUGGUGGAGGACUUUGUCGCUGUGGUGAAGGGCGGAAGCAGUCAGUCCAUCACCGCGCUGGUGUCCAAAAAGCUUCCCACCCCAGCGCUGAUGAGGCUCUGGGGCGAGGGCGUGCGUUACAACCCCGAUUUCAUCCGCACAAAAACACGGCCACUGUUUGAGCUGGUGACCUCCAGAGACUUCACCGAGCACGCCACCCUGAAAAGAAACCUGAAGAGAGCCCUGUCGGAGUACCUGGCGGAGGCUAGCCCAUGUCGGUGCGCUCUCUGCCACAACAACGGGAUGGCCGUUUUGAGAGGCACCAGGUGUGACUGUGUGUGUCCUAAUGGCUACACUGGACGUGGCUGUGAGAUCACCCAAAGGCGAAAAGAUAUAGGCAUUGACGGCAGCUGGAGCUGCUGGGGCGCGUGGUCGUCCUGCAGUGGGAGCAGAAUGACGAGGAGUCGACAGUGCAACCGUCCAGCGCCCAGCAACGGAGGAGCGGCGUGCAGAGGGCCGCAGGAAGAGUCUACUGAGUGCUUUUAAAGCUGUCACAUGUCAACGGCGACAAAACGAAUUGCAGAAACAUUCUUGAAAGUUAAAGUUUAGUCUGUGGGUUUAUUUGCAUUAUCAUUGCGUAGUUUGCCAACGUUUGAAUAAAAACAGACUCACAUGAAU